ACGAAUGGUAUUCAUGGAAAAUCCAAGUCUGGAUAUGAGAAGGUAUAACGCCCCGUCCUGUCAAACUGAUGUUGCUGCUAUCUUUGUAGGUGAAGAUGGGGAACCUCCUGCACAACGCGACAUUUGCAUAUACCCAAGGGGAGAUGCUUGCAAGCGUAUCUCUGUUCUCAAUAUGAACUGUGACCCCAUGGUUUAUCCACUGCUGUUCCCUUACGGAGAUCCAGGCUGGCACAUACAAUUGACCCAUGUUGAGGAAAAGCGAACCGCGAAAAGAACACGAGUCACACAGCUCCAAUUUUAUGCUUUCAGGCUUGCCAUGAGAUCUUCAUUUAGCGUCUUGCAUUCCAGUGGCAAACUCUUCCAGCAAUACAUCGUCGACGCAUAUGUCAGAACAGAAGGCGUGCGUUUACAUUACCUACGGUCCCAUCAAAAAGAUUUGCGUGUAGAACAAUACAGGGGACUUAUGGAUGUUGUCACUGUGAAAGCACAACACCAUGACCUCUGCCCUGGACAAUUGAUCAUUCUUCCCUCUACCUUGCAAGGCAGUCCAAGCUACAUGCAACAGAACUACCAAGACGCGAUGGCAAUUGUCCACAAAUGUGGAAAGCCUGACUUAUUCUUAACCUUCACCUGCAAUCCUGCUUCGCCGGAAAUCUACAACGCCAUCUCCCAUCAUGAGCAAACAGAACACAGACCUGACAUCGUUACUCGCAUCUUUCAUAUCAAACUGCGACAUUUUCUAACAGAUAUUUUAGAAAAGAAUAUUUUCAGCAAUGUUCUCGCUUACAUCUUCGUAACUGAAUUCCAAAAACGAGGAUUGCCUCAUUGCCAUAUGUUACUUACACAUGAUUCAAAAUCCAAAAUAAGAACCAAGGAUGAUAUAGACAAAUAUGUCUGCGCUGAGCUUCCAAAUCCUGAAAUACACCCUCGACUUUUCCAAAUUGUCACUAAAUGCAUGGUGCAUGGUCCCGCCAAAUCACUGAAAAUCACCAUGAAAGACGGCACGUGUACCAAAAAUUUCCCGAAAGACUUCAAUGCAGAGACUCAAGAAAACACACAAGGAUACCCCAUAUACCGCCGAAGACAAGGGAGAACUGCCAUUGUUGGCAAAUAUGAUAUCGACAACCGUUGGAUAGUUCCUUACAAUCCGUGGCUUUCUCAGAAAUUCAAUGCUCAUAUUAACGUUGAAGUUUGCGCGUCCAUUCAAUGUAUCAAAUAUCUUUAUAAGUAUGUGUACAAGGGACACGACGCUGCAUCCAUUGCACUUCACAGGGAGCCAGCCGAUGAUAUUUUCCAACAUGACGAAAUACAGACUUUCCUUGACGGUAGGUAUGUUAGUGCUCCUGAGGCUAUGUGGCGUUUGAACGUGUACAGUCUUUCAGAAAAAUCUCACGUGAUUACAUGA